AUGCGUCAGCAAACUCUCACCCAUGAACCUGCCUACUCUCUAAUGCUAUCCAGUGUUCAUAGUGGCCCACUGUCAUGGAUCGUCAGCCCAAUCAACAAGACCGCAGCGGAGCCUCGUCUUUAUCGUCGCUCCGACACGACAUCCAUUGAACUCUUCUUUGACUUGUUUUUUGUGGCCAAUUUGUCUACUUUCACAGCAACACAUGAGAUCAACAAUCUGAAUGCCUUGGGGUCAUACGUGGGAUUCCUCGGUGUCAUAUGGUUCACAUGGCUACAGGUCACCUUGUUUGAUAUCCGCUUUGCCCAAGAUUCGGUCUUCGAGAGAACUUGUAAAGCUCUUCAACUUGCAGUGAUGAUCGGUUUCGCGUCCGCCGGAACUCGCUUCACCACCCGCGUUGGUAAUGAAAACCUUUGGGCAUUCCAGUCGUUGAGCCUUAUGCUAGCGGGAAGCCGACUCCUGUUGGCGAUCCAAUACACUAUCACUCUCGCGUUCAUGUACCGACCAAUGAAAGCUACGUCAAAGGGGGUUGCAUACACCGCCAUGAUGUUUUGGGGUGCUGCGAUUUUGUAUCUUGCAAUGUUCUUUGCCUUUAGCCGAGGGCAUCAAGUCCCACCGCGAAUUUGGACCGUUUGGUUCGUCCUGUUUGGUGUUGAGAUGUGGACGGUAAUGGGGGUCUCUUGUGGUUUCCCAGAAAUUGGCUUCCAGGAAACCUACCUCAAUAUCCGGAUGGGCCUUCUCACACUGAUUAUCAUUGGCGAGGGGGUUAUUGCGGUAACUCGGAUUGUCAACAAGACGGUGCGGCCGGGGGGAUGGACUAAAUGGUCGUUUGUCCAUAUAUUGGGAGUGACUACCAACGUCUAUCUUCUAUGGCAGGUCUAUUUUGAUCUCUCCCCGGGGCGUCGACUUGGAAAAAUCACGCAGCAUAUCUGGGCGCAACUUCAUUUCCCCUUCCAUGUGGCACUUAUUCUCCUGCUUGAAGGCUCCCAAAUCCUUGCAUUGACAUUGGAUGUGACCCUGAAGUUAAAGUACCUUGCACAGACAUUCUCUUUUGUGUGUGAAGAAAAUCGUCCUAGCCAGACGGCAGCGAUUGCACUGAUUAGAAGCACCAUCACGGACAUGGAGAUCCCAUUUAGCCGAGGUGCAACACAAGAGUGGGCGGCGAUUUCGAGUCUUUUAGAUGACCUUUCCAAUCAGCCUCUUUGUUCCGACCCCGGGACAUUCAAUUCCAUCCACAGGCAGGACAUCUUCAGUGAUCUGAUGGGGAAUGUGACUGCGGCCCUAUUCUCAAGCAUGGACAUCACUCCACCAGUAAAAGUGGACAUCGGCCUCCUUGACAGUCAUCAACUGCUCCGAAUGUAUAUGAAGCUCUUGGCCUUUGUGUAUAUAUAUUUCUUCGCGGGUGCCAGUCUGUCAAUGGGUCUUUUCAGCGCAUUUACCAUUCUCGCCCGUCGGCACGAACGCCGUCUGCACCUCGGUCUUUCCAUGGCAGUGAGAGCUUUACUCGCGAUUUCUCUAGCUAGUUUAGUCUCAUUUGCCAGCCACUUCCAGUUAGCCUAUUCCUUCAUGACCUCGCCGAUCAUCCUGUACGCCUUUACGUUGCCGCUCCUGACUGGUCAGUUCUUCUCCUACCGUAGCAUGCGGAUUCUAAUUGGUAACAGUUCUUUUGGUUGA